AUGGAUAAUGAGGAUGGGCGGCGGCGCCGGGGGCGGGGCGGCGCGAGCGGCGGUCAGGCUAACUUGUGGCCAGUCCGUAGCGUGGGCGGUGUUCACGGUUCCCCCUUUCCAGGCCCGGUUCUGGCGCCGCCGCCAGCCUCUCGGUCCCUGAGCAGGUCCGGCCAGGCCGGGAGCGACACCGAGGCCCUGGCGCAACCACCGCCACCACCGCCGCCGCGGGCGCAGACCUCGCCUGGGCCGGUGAAGGUGGGCACCGCCCCCAACCGCCGCCUGGGCAGCGUCCGCGGAGUGCUUGUGUCUUCGCCGCCGGGGCGCCGGGCCCGCCUGUCGUCUCCCGGCACCGGCCGCUCGUCUUCCGAGGCCCGCGAGGAGCUGCGGCGCCGCCUCUUGGGCCUAAUCGAGGGUAACCGAGUGAUGAUCUUCAGCAAGAGUUACUGUCCGCACUGCACGCGGGUUAAAGAACUGUUUUCUUCUUUGGGCGUUCAGUGUAAUAUCUUGGAACUUGAUCAAGUUGAUGAUGGGGCCAAUGUUCAAGAAAUGCUGUCAGAAAUCACUAAUCAGAGAACUGUGCCCAAUAUUUUUGUGAAUAAAGUGCAUAUGGGUGGAUGCGAUCGAACUUUCCAGGCACAUCAGAGUGGUUUGUUACAGAAGCUCCUUCAGGAAGACUCAACAUACGAUUAUGACCUCAUUGUCAUUGGGGGCGGUUCUGGUGGCCUUGCGUGUGCUCAGGAAGCUGCCAUCUUGGGAAAGAAAGUUAUGGUGCUAGACUUUGUGGUCCCAUCACCUCAGGGCACGUCCUGGGGUCUUGGCGGCACUUGUGUGAAUGUGGGCUGUGUUCCUAAGAAAUUGAUGCAUCAAGCUGCCCUUUUGGGGCAGGCAUUAAAUGACUCCAGGAAAUUUGGCUGGGAGUAUGGUCAACAAGUGAAACACAACUGGGAGACCAUGACAGAAGCAAUUCAGAACCACAUCAGCUCUCUAAACUGGGGCCACAGGUUGUCCUUGAGGGAAAAGUCUGUGGACUAUGUCAAUUCCUAUGGAGAAUUUGUUGAACAUCAUAGAAUAAAGGCAACCAAUAGAAAAGGACAGGAAACUUCCUACACGGCUGCAAAAUUUGUCAUAGCAACAGGCGAAAGGCCACGGUAUUUAGGAAUCCAAGGAGAUAAAGAGUACUGCAUUACUAGUGACGACCUUUUUUCUCUACCUUAUUGCCCUGGCAAAACAUUAGUAGUGGGCGCGUCUUAUGUUGCUCUGGAAUGUGCAGGAGUUCUUACUGGCCUUGGCUUAGAUGUCACGGUUAUGGUGCGCUCAGUCCUUCUUCGGGGCUUUGAUCAAGAAAUGGCAGAGAGAGUGGGCUCCUACAUGGAACAACAUGGUGUUAAGUUCUUAAGAAAAUUCAUACCUGUGAUGGUUCAACAGUUGGAGAAAGGGUCACCUGGAAAGCUGAAAGUAGUGGCUAAAUCCACCGAAGGGCCAGAAACUAUUGAAGGAGUAUAUAAUACAGUUUUGUUAGCAAUUGGUCGUGACUCUUGCACAAGGAAAAUGGGCUUGGAUAAGAUUGGUGUCAAAAUCAACAAGAAGACUGGCAAAAUUCCAGUAAACGAUGUGGAACAGACCAAUGUGCCCUACGUGUACGCUGUUGGGGAUAUUCUGGAGGGUAAACUUGAGCUCACACCUGUUGCCAUACAGGCAGGCAAGCUGCUGGCUCGAAGACUUUUUGGGGGCUGUUUGGAAAAGUGUGAUUACAUUAAUGUUCCGACUACAGUGUUUACUCCUUUGGAAUACGGCUGCUGUGGAUUAUCUGAAGAGAAAGCUAUUGAAGUGUAUAAAAAAGAGAAUCUCGAAGUGUAUCAUACCUUCUUCUGGCCUCUCGAGUGGACAGUGGCUGGCAGGGACAACAACACUUGCUACGCAAAGAUAAUUUGCAAUAAAUUCGACAAUUAUCGGGUGAUAGGAUUCCAUGUUCUUGGACCAAAUGCUGGUGAGGUCACCCAAGGAUUUGCGGCUGCAAUGAAAUGUGGGCUCACAAAACAGCUACUCGAUGACACCAUUGGAAUUCAUCCCACAUGUGGUGAGGUGUUUACGACUUUGGAAAUCACCAAGUCGUCGGGACUGGACAUCACUCAGAAAGGCUGCUGAGGCUAGCCCCGCUGCUGUUCGGUUUUCCUUGUCCCAUCCCCAUUCCUGUCACAGAUAAGAAUGCCCUCCCGUACAGUGAGUCCGUGCUGAUGCACCUGCUCUCUUGCGCGGGACCAGCACAGAGAUGGGAAAGACGAGGAGACCAGACAGCAGCGGGCGUGUGCUCCGCGGCCUCGGCUGGCUGGGAGAGGCAGGUAGGCUGCCUCCUUGACGUCUUAGCUUGGAGCCCGAUGUGAGGUGAGCUAAGGCCGAUGGUCUUCCACGUCAGAAUCGAGUUUCCCUCUGAGGGACCUUGCAAGCGCACAACGGAUCCAAGUUAGCUUUUCCAGGUGGCUGCCGGUUUUAUCCCCUGGCUUUGUGGUUCCCGUGAAAGUAUCUUCUGAGUUACGAAAUGGACUACAACAUAGCGAGCCUUCAGUACGUGGGCCUGGGAUUCCGCGUGAUGGCUGAUGGGGGGUGUCCUGGAAAUGCCUUCGAGGAGCUGGCUGCGGGGCCUGGGUGCGUUAGUAGAAACUCGUGCCCGCUAUGUAGGUUUCAGUCUUACCUACGCUUUACCCACCGUCAGACCCCUGCCUUGUGCUUUGCCCUGUCCUGGUUCUCGGUGGCAACAACCUUGGAGUCCUCACUUAUUAGCAUCUCCUGUCAGAGGCAUGCUCUAAUUUCUUCUCCACCUUGAUCUUAAGAGUAAUAUUAAAAAGUUUUCAAUACUGGAUUAUGUGAAAUAUAGCUAAUUUGAAACUGUUGAAAA